AGGCGUUCCCCGACCAAGUUAGGGUGUCCGUGCAGGGUGUCUUGUGCUAAACUUCACCAAAUAAUAGCUGUUUGUAUUUUGGCUGCAGCAGUGGCCAUUUUAGUUUCAUGUGCCCAGAACACAACCCACACGCACUGACUGUAUCUGCCGCAGAGCCUGCCAGGCGCGUAAUUAUGUUCUACCCACCUCCUAGAAUAUGUGAAACCUUAAUUUAUGAUCAUGAAAAUACAGAAACAAGAGCCACAGCUACCCAGCCUGAAAGCACUUAGCUAUUCACCAAUGUCCAGUGCCUCAAUAUCCUGCGAGCGCCAGGUACUUGCCCCGUUUUCUGAAUCUAGCCUUGAGGAUUUCCACCCUGUGACACUUUUGGACACCCCAUCUCGACUUCUGCCCGAGAAUGAACUGUACCCUGGGCAAGAGACUUGUGAAAUCAGCUCAUUGACCAAUCUGAAUGGAAUAGAGGACAGUGGAGGGGGUGGGACGGGUGUGAAGAAAAAACGGAAAAAAAAGGAACAGGGGGAGGAAAAGGAGACUAAACCAAAGAAAAAGAAGGAACCCAAGAAAGAGAAGGUCAAAGAACCUAAGAAAGUGAAGGAGCCCAAAGAGGCAAAGGAACCUAAGCAACCCAAGAACCCCAAGGAACCGAAAAAGCCUAGGAAGCCGAAGGAGCCAAAACCUCCGAAAGAAAAGAAGGUUAAUUCUGACACGGUUGCUAAAACCAAAUCUAAGAAAACAAGCAAAGAACAGGGGCCAACUCCAGUGGAGAAGAAGAAGAAAGGGAAGAGGAAAGCAGAAUCAUGUGAAGACACCCUGGAGGGGGAGCUCUCCAUGUUAAACUCGGGAUCUCAGAGCACAGAGGAGUCCGAGUCUCUCGACAGUCAGAAGAGAAGGUCUGGUCGUCAGGUGAAGAGAAGGAAGUAUAAUGAAGACCUUGAUUUCAAAGUGGUGGAUGAUGAUGGAGAAACUAUCGCUGUGUUGGGGGCUGGGAGAGCAUCUGCACUGUCUGCAUCCACACUGGCAUGGCAAGCUGAGGAACCCCCUGAAGACGAUGCCAACAUCAUUGAAAGGAUCCUGUCUUCAAAAGUAGUUCAGAAAGAGCUCAUUCCUGGAGGAAUGCCAUUGGAGGUGGAGGAAUUCUUUGUCAAGUAUAGAAAUUUUUCCUAUCUCCACUGUAAGUGGGCAACGCUAGAAGAUCUGGAAAAGGAUCCAAGGAUCCAACAGAAAAUCAAGAGGUUUCGAAACAAGCAAGCACAGAUGAAGCAUAUUUUCACUGAGCCAGAUGAAGAUAUGUUUAAUCCAGACUAUGUGGAGGUGGACAGAGUAUUAGAAGUUGCUCAUACAAAGGACUCUGACACAGGAGAAGAGGUGACGCAUUAUCUAGUGAAAUGGUGUUCACUGUCUUAUGAAGAAAGCACUUGGGAGCUUGAGGAAGAUGUUGAUCCAGGCAAAGUCAAGGAGUUUGAAACCCUGCAAGUUCUCCCUGGCAUCAAUGUAACGGAGAGGCCGUCUUCUGAAAGCUGGCAGAAGCUGGAGUGUUCUCGUACAUACAAAAAUAAUAACCAACUAAGGGAGUACCAACUGGAGGGAAUGAAUUGGCUCCUGUUUAACUGGUACAACAGGAAGAACUGCAUUCUUGCAGAUGAGAUGGGCCUUGGUAAAACUAUCCAGUCUAUCACCUUUAUCUCUGAGAUUUUCUUUAUGGGCAUUCGAGGACCUUUUCUCAUUAUUGCUCCACUUUCCACAAUCACAAACUGGGAGCGGGAGUUUCGGACAUGGACAGAGAUGAAUACUGUUGUUUACCAUGGGAGCCAGAUUAGCCGGCAGAUGAUCCACCAGUAUGAAAUGUUCUACAGGGAUGCUCAGGGAAAUCCUAUUCCAGGAAUCUUCAAAUUCCAGGUGGUUAUCACAACGUUUGAGAUGAUUCUAGCAGACUGUCCAGAACUGAAGAAAAUCAGGUGGAGCUGUGUCAUUAUUGAUGAAGCUCAUCGACUUAAGAACAAGAACUGCAAACUUCUGGAAGGGCUCAAACUCAUGGCACUUGAACAGAAGGUUCUUCUCACCGGCACCCCUCUUCAGAACUCUGUGGAGGAGUUGUACAGCUUGCUCAACUUUUUAGAACCAAACCAAUUUCCUUGUGAAAACACUUUUCUUGAGGAAUUUGGAGAUCUAAAGACUGAGGAACAAGUGAAAAAAUUGCAGUCCAUCCUGAAGCCAAUGAUGCUAAGGCGAUUAAAGGAUGAUGUAGAGAAGAACCUGGCUCCAAAGCAGGAAACAAUCAUUGAAGUGGAAUUGACCAAUAUUCAGAAAAAGUAUUACCGGGCAAUUCUGGAGAAGAAUUUUACAUUCCUGGCCAAGGGAGCCAACCAGCAUAACAUGCCUAACCUUAUCAAUACUAUGAUGGAGCUGCGGAAAUGCUGCAAUCAUCCUUAUCUUAUCAAUGGUGCAGAAGAGAAGAUUUUGGAGGACUUUCGCAAGACUCACAGUCCCGAUGCAUCUGAUUUCCAACUGCAAGCAAUGAUACAAGGAGCAGGAAAGCUUGUACUGAUUGAUAAGCUAUUGCCGAAGCUGAUUGCCGGUGGGCACAAAGUUCUCAUCUUCUCCCAGAUGGUUAGGUGUCUGGACAUUCUUGAGGACUAUCUCAUCCAGAGGAGGUACACAUAUGAACGAAUAGAUGGAAGAGUAAGGGGCAACCUCCGUCAAGCAGCCAUUGACAGAUUCUGUAAGCCAGAUUCUGACCGUUUUGUAUUCCUGCUCUGCACUCGGGCAGGAGGCCUGGGGAUCAACCUGACGGCUGCUGACACCUGCAUUAUCUUUGAUUCCGACUGGAACCCCCAGAAUGACUUACAGGCUCAAGCUCGCUGUCAUCGUAUCGGGCAGAGCAAAGCUGUGAAGGUUUAUCGUCUCAUAACCAGGAAUUCUUAUGAGCGGGAAAUGUUUGAUAAGGCGAGUCUAAAGCUGGGACUCGACAAGGCCGUGCUACAAGAUAUCAAUAGAAAAGGCAACACCAAUGGAGUACAGCCAUUGUCUAAAAUAGAAGUUGAAGAUCUCCUUAGGAAAGGAGCAUAUGGUGCACUCAUGGAUGAGGAAGAUGAAGGCUCUAAAUUUUGUGAAGAAGACAUUGAUCAAAUUCUGCAGCGCAGAACACAAACCAUCACCAUCGAGUCUGAAGGAAAGGGGUCUACAUUUGCUAAGGCCAGUUUUGUGUCUAAUGGUAAUAGAACAGACAUCUCGCUAGAUGACCCUAACUUCUGGCAAAAAUGGGCAAAGAUUGCAGAGCUGGACACAGAUGGCAAAAAUGAGAAGGACAGUUUAGUCAUUGACCGCCCUCGUGUAAGAAAGCAAACGAAACACUACAAUUCAUUUGAGGAUGACGAGCUGAUGGAGUUCUCAGAGUUGGAGAGCGAUACUGAGGAGCGUCCUACAAGGUCACGGCGACUAAAUGACAAAACGCGACGCUAUCUGCGGGCAGAAUGCUUCAGGGUAGAGAAGAAUCUUCUCAUAUUUGGCUGGGGACGCUGGAAGGACAUCCUGACGCUUGGCCGAUUCAAAUGGCAUUUAAAUGAAAAAGAUAUGGAGAUGAUCUGCAGGGCUUUGCUGGUUUAUUGUGUCAAACAUUACAAAGGAGAUGAGAAAAUCAAAAGUUUCAUCUGGGACCUAAUUACUCCCACAAAGGACGGAUACAACCAGGCUCUGCAAAACCACUCAGGUUUAUCUGCACCAGUCCCACGUGGGAGAAAAGGGAAGAAAAUGAAGAGCCAAAUGUUGCUCCCAGAGAUUAAAAAUGCAGAUUGGCUUGCUGGCUGCAACCCUGAGAUUGUCUUGCAUGACGACAGCUACAAAAAGCAUCUGAAGCAGCACUGCAAUAAGGUCCUCCUUCGAGUGCGUAUGCUGUACUACCUCAAGGCAGAGGUUCUGGGAGAUGCUGCUGCCAAGGCCUUAGAAGGUGUAAAUGCAAGAGACUUGGAUGUCCUGUUACCUGACAUAGAUUAUGUAGAAAUACCUGUGGACUGGUGGGAUGCAGAAGCUGAUAAAUCACUCCUAGUAGGAGUUUAUAAGCAUGGCUAUGAGCGUUAUUGUGCCAUGAGAGCAGAUCCUGCCCUCUGUUUUCUGGAGAAAGUGGGAAUGCCAGAUAAGAAUUCAUUAUCAGCUGAUGGAGUUAAUGACGUGGCUCCAGAUGUAGCAGAGCGGAGCGGUGGAGAAAAAGAUGAGAAUAAUGAAAGUAAGCCAGAAAGUCAUCAAGAGGCCAAAAAAUCUCCCAGUGUAAGCAAUGUGGAGCAGGUAGAUGAGGAGAGUAAUCCAGCCCAGGAUAGCCCUGAGUCAGACAGAUUGUUAUGGCCUGUUGCAUCCUCACUGACAGCGAGACUUCGUAGACUCAUUACUGUGUAUCAGCGGUGCAAUCGCAGGGAGUUGUCACGACCAGAGAUCUUAGCUCCCGCCAGCCACAGUUUUUGGCUUCAGGAAGAAAUGGUCAGGAGAGCGGAGAUGGAUCCUAUUAUGAAAGAAAUGCAGAAGAGGUGGACCAGAAGAGAACAAGCUGACUUCUAUCGGACAGUGUCCUCUUUUGGAGUCAUAUAUGAUCCAGACAAGAAGUGCUUCAAUUGGUCGCAGUUUAGAGCAUUGUCCCGUCUUGAUAAGAAGACAGAUGAGAGCCUAGAAAAAUAUUUCCAUAGCUUUGUAGCCAUGUGCAGAAAUGUCUGUCGCCUCCCACUCAGAAAGGAUGAUGGUUCAGCUGAUCCCUCUCUCUUUCUGGACCCAAUAACAGAAGAACGUGCAGCAAGAACCUUGUAUCGUAUAGAACUUCUGAGAAAGGUCCGAGAGCAAGUAUUGAGGCAUCCACAGCUUAAUGAACGUCUUAAGCUGUGUAGGCCUAGUCUGUAUCUUCCUGUAUGGUGGGAAUGUGGCAAGCACGAUAGAGACCUUUUAAUUGGUACAGCCAAACAUGGACUAAGCCGUACAGAUUACUAUAUCAUGAAUGAUCCUCAGCUUUCCUUCUUGGAUGCGUACAGAAAUUAUUCUCAGCAUAAGAGAAAUGGUGAUGAGAACAUGUGUUGCCAUUACCAAUUGGCUUCCAAAGUAUAUGAACCUUCUGCUGGUCACCUAGAAAGGUUAAAUGAGUCUGAAAAGACGGACACCAAGACUGAAAUUAAGUCUGAAGCUGUGGAUGAGCCAAUUGAAACUCGAAUGUGUAGCCCUCAGGAUCUUUCAUGUGAAAAUCUAAUUUCCCAAGGGGGCGAGAUCAUGUCCAACAGCCAAGAUGAGUGUUCUCUACCCGAUUCACUCAUGUGCAUGAUGUAUGAUGAGAAGACGUGUAACAGCUCCCUUUUGCAAGCAAGCACCUGUGAACAAACUUCUAUCACUUCAAGCUUCUUGGGCAUGGAAAAAAGUGAACCAACCGACUACUCGCUGAGUAAAACCAAAGAAGGAAAUUUAACUCAAGAAGAGGAGCCAGUAUCUAGAGACUGCUUUUUAGGAAGCAAUGGUCAGGAAUGUGAUCCUUUAGAAGGACAAGAUAGGUUAGGCAAACCAUUUAACAGCAAUGAUAGUCAUCUUAGUUUAGCUACAGAGGAUGAAGAGCAACCACAUACCCAAAACAUUGGAGAAAAAGACUUGAAGACUUUAAAUGAUAAUCAUUUUCUUGAUCCAACUGCUGAGCAAUCCUUAGGUCUAGAACUUGAAUUUCUGGAUAAAUCUUAUGAAGAACCUUCGGGUCUGAGCACUGAAGAAAAAAGCUGUGAUAUCAUUGGGGAGAGCCCUCAAAGCCCAAUAUGCAAUCUUCCAGUGGAGGAAAAAGAGGAGUGGGGGGCUGAACUCCAAGAAAUUAAGGAUGACCCAAUUGUAAAAUGGCAGAAGGAGUUAGACGACAUGAAGGAACUUCCAUUAGAAGAAUGUGUUGAUGAGCACAAGGUGAAAGAUUUGAGAUUACAAAAUGAUAUCUUAAAGCCUGAGUUAAGUUGCUCUGCUCAAGUCCUAGAUGAUAAAGACUCCAUGGAGUCUAAACACAAGACUGGAGAAAUGCUUUCUGGCCUCUUAAAGCAAAAUGCUGAGGAUCUGAAAGUCAAAGACUCUGAGGAAAAACCAUUAGACUGUUCCAAAUCUCUUUCUGAUGGAAAUGUGAAAUUGGAGGUCUGUGAAAUUAAGAAGGAGAAUAUUGAGGAGGAAUGUGGUUGUAAGAAGUUCCUUGAGAAGUAUCCAGAAGAGGAAGUGAAGAGUUGCACACUAUCCACCGAUAAGGAAGUAGCACAGGAUUUUCAAGAUGGCAGAGCUCCAACUAUCGCUCAGCUGCUGCAGGAGAAAACCUUGUACUCAUUUUCCGAGUGGCCUAAGGAUCGAGUGAUCAUUAAUCGGAUAGACAAUAUUUGCCAUUCGGUGCUGAAGGGGAAAUGGCCAUCCUCCAGUCAACAGUUCGAAGCACAGUGCAUGGUACCCUCAGUGUUAAAUAGCAAUUUGUGUCCCAGGAGCAGCUACAGCACUGCAGAAGCACAAAAUUCAACCUAUAGCAAUGGCUCUCCUGUGUCCCAUGCGCAGAAGGAAACCUUCACUGCUGCAUUUUCAAAUGACGAACGAAAACCUCGAAGGCUAUUUGAGUUUGAAAGUGAGAGGGCAGAUGUGAAGACCCGAGGGAUGCAACAUCUCAAUACUCAGCUUGGGAGAAACAGCGCAGCAUUGAAUGGAUGGAGAGAGGCCGCCAUGGAACUGUGUAGAGAGCAGGCUGCAGGCGGCAGCUCUACCUAUUCUAUCAAUAGCAGCACGCCCAAGAUGGCUGCCAUGACUGGCUUGCAGGGUUCUUUGGGAAUGGACUUGUCAGGAAUCUUGCAGGCUGGACUCAUCCAUCCUGUCACAGGACAAAUUGUUAAUGGCAGCAUGAGGAGAGAGGAGUCUUCCCUCCGAAGGAGAAGAGGAAGAAGGAAAAAUGUGGAGGGGAUGGAUCUGGUGUUUCUGAAAGACAGAGGGAUGCACGCAGGCAUUGUGGGACUACGUGAGGAAACUCAACUUGGCUCAGUGCACACUGAAGGCUCUGUCACUCCUCCUUCACAUUCUGCAGCUACAGCCACUAAGACCCAACCCGAGAAGGUGAUCCCUAACAAAAGCCUUCUGGAGUGGCUGCGCCAGCAGUCAGACUGCACAAUAGACAUACCGACAUACGCAGGUAGUUUUUCAGAUAAACCCAAACCGAGGCGCCCACGGUGCAAGGAGCCUAGUAAAGCGGACAUUAGCAUUCUCACUGGUGAAGACAGGAUCUCUGGUGUUGGUGUUAACAAAGACGUGGGGCGAAGGGGAUUUCUUCCCGAAACAAAGUUCAGCAGGGUAUUGUCAGAUGCUAUUGUACAUGACGCAGGGCCGAGGAGGAGAGGAAGAAGACCGCGAAGUGAACUGAUCAAGUCCCCAGGAGUGGUGGGAUCUGAUGCAUCAUCUUCUGGCAUGAAUCCACUUUUUAUGAACGGCCUAAUCGCUGGAAUGGAUAUAGUGGGAUUGCAAAACAUGAGAAAUAUGCAGAGUAUUCCACUGACGGGGCUGGUGGGGUUCCCUACUGGAUUUACAACAGUAUCUGCCAACGAGGACAUGAAAAGCACGUUAAGUAUGUUACCCAUGAUGCUCCCGGGUAUGGCUACCAUGCCACAGAUGUUUGGCGUUGGGGGGAUCAUCAACCCUCCCAUCUCAUCCUCUGUGCCAUCAUCUUUAGGAAGCACAAUAAAAGGUGGUGCCUCUAAUGCAGAGAAAGCCACUGAGGACAAAGACACCAGCCAAGAAAGUACACAAGAUUCCACAACUUCAGAGAAAAUGGUGGGUGCCGCUUUCAAAGAGCAGGCAGAACCUGUAGUGACUACAAGCAGCCCUGUAGCUUUUAACCCAUUCCUUAUCCCAGGCAUGUCUCCAAGUCUACUGUACCCUUCCAUGUUUCUGUCGCCAGGCAUUGGCAUGGCCAUACCAGGGGUGCAGUCUAGCCGUUUAUCAGAGGCAGGGGGCCAUGAUCCACAAAGGAGGAGGAGAAAGAAAGUAAAGGGGGACUCUCAGACUUCAGAAUCAGAGUCUGUGCCCUUGACUGAGUCCACAGAGCAGGAGCAGCCGUCUCCCAGUGGCCAGAACUGUGUAGAUACCAGUGAAACGCAACCAUCAGAGAAGGACGAGGACGAUACUGGUUUAAGAGAAACUCCAGACAGUGCUAAUUAGAACUUGAACCCCUUAAAUUGUGACUUGUGAGUUCUUUCUCUCAUAUUUCUUACACUCUGGAGUGUCCAUCAGUAAAAUUCUACCUAAACCGCUCCCCUUUAUCUCCGUGUUAUGUCUAUAACACCUUGGCUCUUAUGGUAGACAAAGCCACAAAAUGUGGAUGUUGUAGGAAAGCAGAAACAUUUCAUACGAUUUCAUUAGUUUUUUUUUGUUUUGUUUUUUAACUUCCAUUCCAUCGAUGAAUUAUGAAAGCAACUUAUCUGUUUCUUGCCUUUUCCCUUGGCACACAUCAGGCUCUUGACUUUAUUUAAAGGCACAGUGUAGCACAAAGCCUUAAAGCAGCAAUCCCUUCAUCCAAAGACAGGCUUUUGGCUAAAGCAAUAUAACUGGUGCUGUCUGCAGUCAACUUUGAUGGGAAGCUUAAUUCUAAACCUUGUCUUUCUGUUUGUGUGUACGUUUAACGGCUGUGCAGUUGUUGCUCUGCGAUCACUAAAAGAUCGGAAUGAAUUAAAAGUAUCACAGGCAUUACUGUACAGUUUAACAGUGCAGCACUCCCCAAUUUCUGGGCACUUAAGGGUCAGUUUUAUAAUUUGAACAAUUAUACUCAUGCCUGCAAUAUAAUGAGAAUGCAAAUGGGAGGUAAUAAUGGGUAAUCUGUGUCAUCAAACCUUCACGUUCCAUGGACUUCUUUUAUGAAGUAGCCUUUUGUGGCACAUUUACAGCUGGUUUAGACUUAGUAGAGCCCCACUUACACCAGACAGUUAUCAUGGUUGGUUACCAUGCAGUUUUUUUUUUGGAGAUCUUGAUUGGUCGGCAUUGAUAGUACAAUCUGUCCCCAGGGGCAGUUCUGCAAACUUUAAAUAGACCUUAAAAUAUUAAAUACCCUUUUUUUUUUUGCAGCCACAUGCAUCUGAGCAAUAAGGAAAUUGUGUUUGGUUUUUGCAUACCCCUCCUCCCCCACUUAUGAAACUUUAUUUUUACCCUCAGAACAUUAUUUUUUACCAAGCAACACUAAUUUAACAUUUGAUUACAAAUAAAACAUUUGUAUUAAAGGGGUUAUACAGACUUCAAUACGCCUCAAGAUAGAUAUGAGAUCAAAUAUCAGAUUUGCAGGGGUCCGGCACCCCACACCCCUGCUGAUUAGCUAGUCAAGAUCAGCACCGGAACUGCAUAGUUUUGUCUGUUGGAGCUGGAUACUUCAGUGCUGCUUCUAUUGAAGUGAAUGGGAGCAGCUGUGCAAUAACCAGCUGCAUCCACUACACGGUCAACAGAGCCUUGUAGCCCCAGCGCUACGCCCCAGCGGCUUAUCGGUGGAUGUUUGGGGUUUCAGACCCGUGCCGAUCUGAUAGGCCUUCUAUAAAAAAUAAAAUAAAUGGAAAUGCCCUUCUUUUUCCUGAUUGAAAUGAGAUCACUGAUCUCUCUAUUCCUAGAUGCACGCAAUGCCAGUUGUCUGUUUCUUACUGACGAUCAACCUUGAGUUCUUAUAGGUUGUAAUUUUGGGUUGGGUUGGGUGGAGGGGAGAGGAAAUCGGAGUAUAAAUGGAGUUACAAUUGUGGUUGAGUGCAACUGGAGAGAUCAGUGUUCCUCAUUACUCUUAAUAAUUUUAAAAGUUUUGCCUUAAAUGUUUUUUGGGGGGAUUAGAAAGAGGGGCAUUUCUUUCUCCAUUAAUGGUGCCAGUUUUGUUCAUGGGCUGUUUAUGGUAUUGCAGCUCAUCAUCAUUCAUGUAAAUGUAGAAGAUCUGCAGAAUCAAACAUAGCCAGUAAACAAGAGUAGCACUGUUUCUAGCAGACCCCUUUUUUGUUAUCCUGGAUUACCCCUUUAAAUGGAAAGCAUCUUUAAACUCAAGGCACUUUCUACAUUUCCCAAUGUAUCCCCAGAUACCAAAUGUACCUUAAUUAAAGAGCCUUUGUCAGAGUGAUCAACCCUAUUAAACCAGGCAUAUUGCCUGGUAGGUGUGAUCAUGCUGAUUAAAAUGAUAUCUUAUCUAUCUUUUGUAGGUUGCAGUGUUCUGGCGAUAUGAGGAUUUUUAUCUUUAUGCAAAUCAGACAGUUGGAGAAC